AUGUCUGCUAACAAUUUCAAUGAGAUUAAAAUUUUUGAUGACGCUGUUGACAAUAUGGACAUUAUUAAAACUAUAAUCGAUACGGAAAAUCAAGAAAACGGUUUCUAUAUUGUAGAUAUAGGUGAUGUUAUUAACAAACACCGCGAAUGGAUUACCAAGAUUCCAAGGGUUGUUCCACAUUAUGCGGUUAAAUGCAAUCCUGAUCCGACAGUAAUAAAAAUAUUGGCAGCUUUAAAUGCUGGUUUUGAUUGUGCGUCGGAGCAAGAAAUUAGACUGGUAAUGCAAUACGGUGUGCAUGCUAAUCGCAUCGUAUUCACUAAUCCGUGUAAAUAUCCGUCUCAUAUCAAAUACUCCAAGAAAAUGGGCAUUAAUCAAUUAACGGUCGAUAGUGAAUUAGAGAUUUUGAAGAUUAAAGAUCUUUAUCCCGAGGCCAAAAUAGUCAUACGCAUGCAAUAUGAUGCGAAAAACUCAGACGCCAAUUUCGGAUUAAAAUUCGGUUGCGAAUCAGAUGAGGAAGCUGUGCGAUUGAUACAACUCAUGAUGGAUCUUGAUCUGACUUUACAUGGCUUCAGUUUUCACGUUGGUAGUCCUUGUAGAGACUUAAACGCAUUUAACAAAACUAUCGGGAUGUGUAAACGAUUGAUUACAAUUGCUAAAACUAUGGGCUGCGAAGAUGUGCAAUUGAUUGAUAUCGGUGGCGGUUUUCCUGGGGAAAGAGGAACAGAAAUUGAUGAAUUCGCCAAUAUAAUUAAUGAUGCAAUUCAAGAUCUUGACCCUAGCAUAAAAGUUAUUAGCGAGCCCGGAAGAUACUACAUUACUUCGGCAUUUACUCUAGCUGCUUAUUUACAUUCCAAGAGACUUUCUCACAAUAACGGUAAAAUUACGAGAAUGUAUUAUAUUAACGUCGGUGUAUAUAAUUCAUUCAUCGAAGAAUUGUUGGGUUUGAAAUUCAGAGUUCCACAAAUCCUCUUUAAACCAGCGAGUAACGAAAAAUUUCUUUCGACUUUAUGGGGACCGACUUGCGACUCAUUUGAUGUAAUUGUUCAAGAGGUAAUGUUACCAGAACUUCACCUCGGUGAUUGGUUAGUCUGGGAAGAUAUGGGAGCCUAUACUAUAUCUAUAUGUACAAAGUUCAAUGGAUUUCCAAUUCCAACUAUUAUACCAAUUAUUAGAAAAAGUCAAUGGGAAAAUUUAUUGACGGAAAUUGAAUUAAUACAAAAAUCUAUGCAAUUCAUAGAAUGAUCCAAGUCAAUUGAAAG